UUCCUCGUUAUAUCCUUCAUCAAGCAAAAUAAUUAAAUAAAAAGAACAACACGCAAUAAUCAAACUAAAAAAAAACAACACGCAAAAUAAAAGCACAUUAUUGACUACUAAAAUAACAAAGUAAUAGCUAAUUAACUAAACACUUCUAAUAUGACUAUAUAUACACAUUACACACAACUAUAUAUAAACCACACCCUCUUCAUCUUUUACUCACAAUCCAAAACUCUCUCUCUCUCUUGUCUAUUAUCUCUACUUGUUAUCAUUUCUCACUCUAAAGGCGAGUCAAUGGGUUUUCCGGUGGGCUACUCCGAGCUCCUUCUCCCAAGAAUCUUCCUUCAUUUACUCUCUUUCUUAGGUCUGAUCCGAAAACUAAUCUCCACUAUUUUCUGGCUCAUUGGUUUACCCGAUUUCCUAGAACCCGAACCGGUUUCAUCUUCAUGGCCCGAGCCACCACCAACCUCAAACCACCAAGACCCUCACUUGUUUUCAGCAGCGCUUCUAGCUGGAGAUAUCUUGCCCGUUGUCAGAUUCUCCGAUCUAAACCGACCCGAGUCUGAAUGUUGUGCAGUGUGUCUCUACGACUUCGAAAACGACGAUGAGAUCCGACGGCUGACGAAUUGCAGGCAUAUAUUCCAUAAAGGAUGUUUGGACCGUUGGAUGAUGGAUUAUAAUCAGAUGACAUGUCCACUGUGUCGUACACAGUUUAUACCUGAUGAUCUUCAAGUGGCGUUUAAUCAUAAGCUUUGGUCUGAAUCUAGUGAAGUUUCUGAACUUCUUGUUGAAUCAUUUUAGGAGCUCUUUUCUCUCUCUUGUAAUUGUAAUAUAGUUUUUAGUAUUUUGUUUGAUGGAUGUAUAUAAAAAAGGUAGUGAUUACAGGCUAGUUAAAAAACAAGACAAAUUUGUAUCAUCUAUUCACAAGAAAAAGAAAUUAAAGUUUUGAAAUUAGUAUCAAUGUGUAGAAUUUUUUUUCCUGUUAUUGAAUGAAAAUACAUUUACUC